CUGACAGUAGCGAAAGGAAACCUAAAUAUUUUUUUCGAAAUUUUCCAAACAAAAAGGCUCAUUGUUAACUGGGCCAUAGUUCCAGAUGCCAUCCGUGUGGCGUACUUUUCCUAAAUGUAAAGGAACACGUGUUAAAGUAAAUGUUUAUCAAAAGUACAAAAUAGCUAAUAUACCUAUUAUCAUGGAACUAAAAAGUUCUUUGUUAAGAUAAGACAUGUGAUGCCAUUACCUAUCUUUAGUGAUAAUAGUAUAUGCAUUCGGUGGGAUUAAGCUGCCAAUUUUUUUAAUGUUUAUGUUGCGUGGACCCAUGUGUUUAUCUUGAAAAGAUAAUUUUUAAUGGCCUCGAGUGGAGCUCUGCGUGUAUUGGCAGUUGCCAGACGGUCUUCUACAGUACUUCGGUGCAUUCUGCUUUCAUCUGCUCAGCACUAUUCAGGUUCGCGAUGUCUUAUGACGAACAGAUUCUACUUAAGAUACGAAGAUCCAAAAAUUGUUUAUACUCCUAAUGAUCUUCAUUCCCGCAAUAUGAACACUUCAUUGAGUCACGAGAAUAAACAUGCAAAGGAUUCUGCUCAAACAUCAGAAAAUCCCACGAAGUCUGGAGAAGAUCGAACUCUAUUUCAAAGGUUCAAAGAUGACUUCGCGCGCUACUGGUAUGUCAUGUUACCAGUCCAUAUCACUACAUCGUUUGGCUACUUCCUCUGCUUCUACUAUCUUUCGAAAGCGGGAAUAAGUCCAGUUCCCUUGAUGGAUUUCAUCGGGAUUCCGGCGCAGUAUGUCGACCCUAUACGGGACUCCGCUGUCAGCCAUGUAGCAGUUGGUUAUGCAGGAUAUAAGUUGAUUGCUCCAAUCCGUUAUGUUACAACUAUCGCUGUAACCGGAGUGACAGUCCGAGCGCUUCUAUCAAGAGGAAUUUUACAGUCGGUGCCGACAUUCAGCCAAUUCAAAGAAUCAGUUAAAACCAAAAUCAAGUCAAUGAGAGGAUAACUGUAACCACAGGUUGGAAUGCCGAUUAGGCUUAUUCACGUUCCAUUAUUAUAGAAGCUUGUCUUGAUGCCCACUACCGUUAUUGUAAGUUCUCGAAAUGACCCUCGGCAUCGCUAAUGGCGCCACCAACUUUAGGAUACAUUGUUUGCUGAAGCAUAUUGUAAAAAACGAACAAUAGAACGGUAAAUGUUUUUAUUUUUUUGCAGAUACAAUUUAUA